AUGGAUCGAAAAAGUCUUCUGCAGACAUUUGCGCUGUCGUACCUCCUGUUCUUUCAGGUUGUGAUCGGCACAGAUGAACUAAACGAAAAAGUAAGUUACUUAAAGCCAUUUAAAAAUUAUUGACUUUUGUAGAAACAUUUUUGAGUCAGGCACAAAUGUAACUUCGUAAAUCGAGUCGUGAUAAGAACGGGCUGUUCGGAUCAACAUGUGGCUAGCAAUUAUUUCAAAACUGUAUGAAAGUUUGCUGAUUUUAGGGAGUUCACCCGCGAGGAUUUUUUUUAAAAGUUAUUAUUAACAAGUCAAAUGUACAAAGUUCAUACAUCGCAGUUACAAAGUUAUUCGUCUCCUGGAGAAGUGAUUCGUCGAUCACAAGUCAUCCAAGGAGUGUCUGUUAGGUUCCUUCAGAGUGUGACAUGUAAAGUCGUAAUUAGAUGUUUUACAAUUGCAGGAGAUGAGGAAGAAGUGCUGUCCAGUAGCAGGCCCAGCAGGUCGAGAUGGAUUACCGGGACGAGAUGGAGCGCCAGGACGGGAUGGACUACCGGGACGGGAUGGUGCACCUGGACCCAAGGGGGACGUGGGACCACCAGGGCCAGCGGGAAUCCAAGGAGAGCCUGGGACCCAAAGGAGAUGGAAACAGUGUUCUUGGAACCACAUCAAUUCUGACACUGAUAAUGGAAAAGUUCUGGUAUGUAUGCCGAGAAGGCAAAUACUUGGUGCUCACUCUUACAGUAGAGAAAGGUGGAGGGGGAUAUAUAGCAGUCAUCAUUGUCAAGAUUGAACAGGAAGACGAAAAAAGAGAUAUUUACUGCAUCAAUGCCUCUAAUAAAUUGUUUUGAACCUUUCCUUUUAAGGAAUGUCCGUUCACCAAGGCUGCCCCAAACACAUACCUCCGUGUUGUUUACAUGGGCAGCCUUCGCAUCGCCGGUUGCACAAAAUGUUGCAUGAGAUGGUUUUUAACCUUCAACGACAUCGAAUGCAAGGCUCCCGCUGCUAUUGAUGCUGUUGUGUACCAGAAUGUCGACCUGAAUAUCCAUCGCCCCGCCAACGUAGAGGGCUACUGCACAGGAAUCGGCAAAGGCCUCGUGCGUGUUGGCCUGCACGUCGGUCAGUGCCAUGGUUUUGGUAUUGUCAACGCUUACACCGGCUAUAAUUCAGUGAGCAGGAUCAUUAUUGAAGAGGUUGAGCCUCCUGUUGCUUAAAUAGGCAGCAGUGCCCUUUCCACCCGCUAGUUCUUGAUUUAUCAUAGGGGCAGUCGAAUGUUGAAUUGUAACUGCCGGGUAGUUAGGCUCACUGUGUUAAGGGUGUCUUAACUGUAUUGGGUGGAACUCAUCACAAAACAUGGAAAUAAACCCGCGAAGAAACUUACUUUUGGUUCAUGUGUUCUUUUUAUCAUUUUGAUGAAACAUAGCUGUACAUUGGGAAACAUUUCCACUUUGGGAAGACAGACAUUAUUGCUCAUUUUCCCACUUUGUAUGACAAUCCGCGGUGUUAUAAGUAUGUGGCGUCCUCAUGUAGGCGUAACUUGAUUGAAUAAAUGUGACAUAAUCGAUUCGGGAGGAAAUGGGUCCCUUUCAUUCAUAGAAUAACAUUUCUCCCAAAAAAGCCGUGGCUAAAUGAUUUAUCAGACAGAAUAUUGAAUAUUAAACGAGCUGAAAGUAUUCUAUGUGACUUUGCUAUCACAUAUCCACCCAAGUUUACUCAAUUAAGCAAAUUGCAGAUGUUUGAAAGUAAAGCAUUCUCAGUGAAAGUCCUCUGAAUAAUUUCUUGGUUUUCAGUAUAAAAUACAUUAUUGGAUGGAGCGAGAGAGACUGCCUCACUGUGUAUAAUUACAACUGCAUGCUAAAUUCCAUUCCUUGGCUGAAAAGGUUCGGCAAAUAAAAGCGUAUAGUCAAAUAUUACCCACCGAAGUAGAAGUGGGUAGAGGUGGAUAUUUACCUUACGGCUUGGUAAAUAUCAACCACUUUCACAGACACUAGAGUGAGUUAUUAUUUUCGAAUAUACCUCACAAGAAAAGUGUAAAGAAAAAUUAUCGGAACACGAACUCUUGAUUAGGCAUCUCUGAAAUAGCCAAUCAGCGCGCGCUAAAAGCACCAUACCUGCGUGGUAUAAAUUAGAAGGAUCAGUGCGUACAUGUGUAGAGGCUGUUUAUUACAAAACGUACUACAGAGGAAAAUGAGUUGAGUAUCAGAAAUGCGUUCCACUCUUUUGAAUCGUUUAAAAUUAAUUAGCAUAUGACCAUAAUAACAAUAAUAAUAAUAAUAAUAAUAGUAAUAAUAAAUUAAUCUAGCGACAAAUAUUUAUUGCAUGGUGAUGCGCAUGUGUGAAGAAGACUAUUGAUCUAUACUGAAUCACACUUCGUGGAUAUAUUUUAUCCACCUAAAACAUUAAAUUAGACUUUUCAAAUCACUACGUGAUGUGCGGCAAAUUAAUCGAUUAAACUAAUAGCAAAUAUUUAAUUGCACGGUCAACAACACGUCCAACAGCUCCCUUUUUUUGUGGGGAGAUACGAACAAAUUCAAUGGCUCGAUCUGUCCUACAAUCUAAUUUACGGCUUGGUAAAUAUCAACCACUUUCACAGACACUAGAGUGAGUUAUUAUUUUCGAAUAUACCUCACAAGAAAAGUGUAAAGAAAAAUUAUCGGAACACGAACUCGUGAUUAGGCAUCUCUGAGAUAGCCAAUCAGCGCGCGCUAAAAACACCAUACCUGCGUGGUAUACACAAGCAAAUUUUGUCUAACAGGUCGAGCCGCCCCACGCGUUGUUUUAUCCACUGAAAAACAUUAUUAAAAAUCCCUCUAUGAGGCCUUCCACUCCGUAAAUAAGUGUUUACAGUUGUUUGUCUACUAAUUAAACCAGAAAUGAUCGAUGCACAAUUACAAAAGAAAUGUUAUACUAACGAUUAGCAUCUUUUAACGAGGCGAAACCAGACACCAAGCCACCUCAGAGCGUUAUGAAACUGAGCCAGACACAUUUUUGACGACAACUGAUAACUCGUCAACAAAAAGUCGGAAACUGACUUCAGACUAAAGCAAGCUACCACAAUUUUUGUUCAUGUGGGGGCUGUAGGGGAUGUCCGCUUGCAGAAAGCCUUUUACAUACAUUUAUGAUGAAACUGCGUGCUCUAUCGGCAAAUAGUUCGCUCUCUUUUUUCUCAACGUUUCAUUUUGUCUCGGCUGCUUAGAGAAGUUGAGUCAGAGACAAGGAAUUACCCCAUAUUAAGUCCUGUUCUUCUUUCUGGAAGAACUGCAAAGCAAGAAAAUAAUCUCUUGCUGCAAAUUCCAUUGCGCUCGUGGCUUUGCUUCUAUUCCUUGUCAUUGGCUUAGAAACAUCUCGCCACCUUCUCAUCGAAUCAAAUGGAAAAGUGAGAAAAAUUCCGAGAUGGACAUUCGCUUGAGGCGGUCUAAGUAUAGUUCGUUUCAGAUCUCAUGGGCUUUUUGUGUUCCUCUGUCACCACUCUUUAGUCAAUGCUGAUAGUUAUGGUAUGCAGGACCUAACUAAUGUAUGACCUAAUUGACGAUCGAUUUCUUUGUGGCUCAUUGACAAAGCAUCCGAACGCGAGACCAAAAACAUAAAGACUAAAAUCUUCGAGGGGGGAUUUGCUCUUGACAGUCCCCGAAAUGUUCGGUGCCACAAGCUCAUGAAACUAUAAUUAUUCUUUCAACCAUUGUUAUUAGCCGUUGCGACUAUUUCACAAACACUCCUGAAUUGAUCUCGGCCAGAAUUGUUUUUAUUUUUUAGCAAAAGGCAGAGAGUACUUUGAUCCGCGAUUAUCACUCUAGACUUUAUAUUUCUUUCCUCGAGGUGCUCUCUUCUAUUUGCACUCUCAUCUUUUGAGUACAUAAUAUUUAAACUGUUCAUAAACUUGGCAAAAUAAAUGCGGCAGAUAAAAGCAUUGCAAAUGAUAGGCUGUUAUUUAACAAAGCUGACUUAGGGGAAAUCAUCGUGGGAGAGUCAGAGUUUGUCGCUUUCAAACGCAUAGCUCGUGAAUAAACCCCCUUAGCAUUAAGCGCAUUGGGGAUCUCCCCAAUACUCGUAAAAAACUUUCGAUCGUAGCUCAAGGUCCACUUCCGUUUAGAAUAUCAUAUCUUCAGAGUACGUCGUGUGCAUAAUUUUCAUAACCUUAGCUAGAUUCGACUGAUUUGACAGAUUUGUCAAGGAAUUGAAAAUUAUUCAAUUAAGUAGAUAUUAGAUGUAGUAAAUAUUUACCUACGGCUCGGUAAGUAUUCACCACUUUUACCGACAUAAGGGUGAAUAAUAGAAAUUUUAUGUAGUCAGUGCUGAGAAGAACGAUUAUAAAGGAGAUUUACUCUCAUCGGCUGCUUGGAGAUAAAUGGUACUCGCGAACAUCUCCGAGACAGCCAAUUUGCACUCGCGAAAAGCACCAUGCCUGUGUGGUUUUAACAAACAAAUUCUUUUGGGGCGUACUGCCUCAAGAAUUAUUUCAUCGAAAAGAUAUUGUUGAACAAUCCCUCUAGGAGGCCUUCCACUCAGUUAUUAAGUUAUUACAAUUGUCUGUCUACUUAUUAAAUUAGAAGGAUCAGUGCGUACAUGUGUAGAGAGUGUUUAUUACAAAACGUACUACAGAGGAAAAUGAGUUGAGUAUCAGAAAUGCGUUCCACUCUUUUGAAUCGUUUAAAAUUAAUUAGCAGAUGACCAUAAUAUUAAUAAUAAUAAUAGUAAUAAUCAAUUAAUCUAGCGACAAAUAUUUAUUGCAUGGUGAUGCGCAUGUGUGAAGAAGACUAUUGAUCUAUACUGAAUCACGCUUCGUGGAUAUAUUUUAUCCACCUAAAACAUUAAAUUAGACUUUUCAAAUCACUACGUGAUGUGCGGCAAAUUAACCGAUUAAACUAAUAUCAAAUAUUUAAUUGCACGGUCAACAACACGGCCAACAGCUCUUUUUUUUUUGUGGGGAGAUACGAACAAAUUCAAUGUCUCGAUCUGUCCUACAAUCUAAUUUGGACAUUUUUCGGCGAAAAAAAAAACAAGUAUGUUUAUCUAAAGUUGAACUAAUUAAAAAGUUAUUUCGAAAAUAUCACUUAAUUGUAAAUAAAAAGAAGCAUACUAAAACAAAUGAUAUUGGGACGCAAAGUAUUUUGAACUCUCUCUCUCAAGAAGGAUGGAUCGGAAAAAACUUUUGCAGACAUUUACGCUGUCGUACCUUCUUUUUUUUCAGCUUGUGAUCGGCACAGGUGAACUAAAGGAAAGAGUAAGUUACUUAAAGCCAUGUAAAGUAUUCAUUUUUGUAGAAACGUUUUUGAUUCAGGCACAAAUUUAACUUCGACAUUCGAGUGGUGGUAAGAACGGGCUGUUCGGAUCAGGAUGUGGCGAGCAAUUCUUUCAAAACUGUAUGAAAAUUUCCACUAUUGUCGGGAUUUCACUUGUAAGGACUUAUUUUUUCAGGUGUUAUGAACAGGUCAAAUAUAUAGACUUAAUUCACCGCAGUUACAGGGUUACAAAGUUAUUCGUCUCCUGGAGAAGUGAUCGUCGAUCACAAGUCAUCCAAGGAGUGUCUCUUGGGUUUCUUCAGAGAGUGGCAUGUAAAGUCGCAAUUAGAUGUUUUACAAUUGCAGGAGAUAAGGGAAAAAGGCUGUCCAGUAAUAGCAGGCCCAGCAGGUCGAGAUGGAUUACCGGGACGAGAUGGAGCACCAUGA